ACCAGAAAAUAAUUCGAAUCAUAAGUAGCCGGUGAAAAAUAGUUUAUUUUUCAAAGCGUCCGCGAAGUAUACAGAUAAAUUCUUCGCAUUCCAACGUUGGUCCAAGCUCUUGCGAGGGCAGCAUCUAGAUGAGAAUGUUACUUUUGUGAUUACUCAUUCGGUGACAUCUGAGGAAUGUGCUAGAAUACAGUUUUUUUUUCUUUGUAUGAGACAAUUGCUACAUUGUGGAAUGUGUGGCAUAGGUUGACAAAAAGAAAAGGUGCUGGAUAAUCCAAAUGGAUAACAAAAGCCCAUUAUGGCCCAGCAUCUGCAGACACAACAUCAGCACGAAUUUUUACCACUGUGUGAUGUAUUAUUCAACAUAAUCUCUCUAGCAUCAUAUUUUUGUGACGUUGUUUUUGACUUUGCAAUGGUAUAUGCCCUUGCUCAACAUUCUGUAGCUCCUGCAAUCCUUUUUCCUUUAAGUAUUGUUCUUAUAGCUACUUCAUUAAUUAUUUCUCAGAUUAUUAGUGUACGAUGGUAUUUAUGGGGUGCCAGAGGUAAACUAACUGGUAACAAUAUUAACGAUUGCAAUAUUAAUGGAAAGAAAGAAAAUGGAAACUGGACAAUAUGGUGUGUUUUAUUACUGCAUUCAACCCAAGUUGGAGUAUUAUGGAGAUAUUUUAAAUUAUUUAUUCCAGUUAAUCUAACUUAUGUUAAACAUGAGGUGAGAGAACUUUGUGUAUUACGACUUAUUCAUGCAUUCUGUGAAGCUGCACCAAUGUUGCUUCUGCAGUUAUAUUUGUUGUCAAUUGGAGUCAAUAAUGAUACAAAUACUGAUGUUGGAAAAACAAAAGAAAGUGAAAGUAGGGACAGUGAUAAGUUAGCCAAAUUGACUGCAGUAUCUGCUGGUCUAUCUUUGUGGAGUGUAUGUUGGGCAGUGGCUAGUUUUAGCAAAGGUGCAGCACGUCUUCGUAAUUUAGAGCGUUUGGUAUUGACAUGGCUAGGUGUGCUGGCACAACUAGCAUGGCGUUUAGGAACUGUAAGCGCUAGAGUAGGAGUAUUAGUAGCUUAUGCCUCGCUCUAUGGUGGACAGUGGUUGCUAAUUGUUAUGGCUCUCCACUGGUUAUCAAUGUUGAUGUGGUUACUACUUACUCCAGAUGGUCUUUUUCACGGUGGUGAACAUUUACCUAUUUUAAGAAAAACGUCAUUAGCUUCACUUCUUGCAUUUGUUUAUAUAUUUGCAUAUGUAAAUUUGCACGAAACGAAUCAUCGUCAAAAAAUGGUAAUAUUUUAUACGGUAAUGUUUUUGGAGAAUAGUUUGCUCAUUGGUGUAUGGAUAGUUGGUGUCAAUAGAACUGACCUUUUUCCACACCAGCAUCAUCCAAACCCUGUAACUUUAGUACUUACUCUAUUAGCUUUAUUCUUUGGUGGUAUGUUUUUUAUGGGUCUGUAUUAUAGGUUUUUUCACGUACGAAGAUUAAGGUAUGAAGCUGGUGGCAGAAUGACGGCCUCGAAUCUCACGGCAUUAUCAAACCAGGAUAAUCUUGAGGAAAAACAAAUAGAAUAUACAGAAGACAAAAAAUUAAGUAUGAAUGUAGGGGUGCGAAGAGUUAAAUUAAGUAAUGGUGGAAUACCAGGGGUAUUCAAUUGUCGUUUUGCAAAUCCAGCUGUAGUAAAUCCAAAUCGUAAAAAGAAAAAGCCAACAACAUUUGUACCUCCUCCACCCCCACAAUCUCAAACUGGGACUGUUACAACACCCAUAAAUACUGUGGGUGAGUCAAAACAGUGGCUUGGUGUGAAUAGUAAUUCACGUCAGUUAAUCCCAUUUUGGAAGAAAUCUGUAAAUUCUGGUGUAAUACAGAAUGAUCAGUCAAAUGAGCAAAAAAUUGGAACAGAUGCUGGAACUGCUGGCUCGCUAAGUGUAAAUUUAAUAAGAGAAAAACUUCAAGAAAAAAAACAACAACAAUUACGAGAAUUAAGAGCUAUACAAGAGGAAAUAAAAGAGGGGAAGUUAUUUCCUCCACCAUCAGCUUCAGCAUCAUCAUUUUCAUCAUCGCCUGCCUCAAAUCAACAACCACCACCUAAUACAAAGUUGCACACUUCGCCUAGUUCUCCUUUAUUCACGUCUGAACCGUCAGUAGGUGAUCAAAAUGGAGGAGUAACUCUAUCUUCGUGGCCACCGGUAAAAAUGCAUUGUCUUUUACCUCCACCACCAUCUUCUUCUUAUUAUCCAAACGUUCACCCUUCAAAUUCGUGGAGGACAACACAAAGAGAGAGAGCAGACACCCCAGAAAUAUUACUCGCACCACGAUGUCUUCCUCAUCAUUUUACUCAUUGGACACCAUCUACUCAUGUUAAUCAUCGUCAAAAUGGUGGAGAAGAAAGUUCUAAAGGCGAAGGAGAGGUAGAAGGAGAACUUAGUGACAUGGAAGGUAGUCAAGUAUCAUUACCCCGAAGUUAUACUUUACCGCGUGAAUUUAAGUAUCAUCAUCCAAAUAGCACUGCCAGAGAACGAGAACGACGUGUAGGAAAUAACAAAGUUCCAGCCUCGCGUUUCUAUUUACCAUCUACUAAUAGUUCUGAUGGAGAUGUAGAUAGUGCAGAUAAUGAAGAAGAGACAGAUUCUGAAGUACAUUAUCGUAUGAAAAACAGUCAUGGAUCUAAUAAUCAUGGUGAAACGCAACAACAACAGCAGCAACGUUUUGCAUUCGAAGAUAAUAAAACUGAAUUUUUAAAUCCAGAUCCAACAGCAGCUGUUAUAAUGUCUGGAAAUUCUUAUUUAAAUAAUUCUCAAGGGCUACUUCGUCCAAGUCAAUUGUUCAGAAACAGGGUUAAACAUGAAACAAAGCUUUAAAGCUAAUUGAUAUAGUACUUUAGGAAUUAGUAUAGUAGCUAAUUGAAGGUUUGAAACAAGAAAAGACUGUACAUGAUCUAUUUUUAUAAAAUUAUUCGUUUUUUA